GACGUCUAAUUAGCCGCGCUGCGUCUUAGCUUGUGGUAGUGCGUUCUUCCUCCGGUGGUCGGAAGGUGCUGCUGGAUUCUCAGCUGAGGGCCCUGGAAGGAGGCGUACACAGGCGGCUCGUAAACGAUCCCUGGGGCCCAAGCGUUACCCUCGGCACCCACCUAGAGCUAUGUCCUGGAUGUUCAAGAGAGAUCCUGUUUGGAAGUAUUUGCAGACUGUUCAGUAUGGCGGAGUCCAUGGAAAUUUUCCACGCCUCUCAUAUCCAACUUUCUUUCCUCGUUUUGAAUUCCAUGAUAUUAUCCCUCCAGAUGAUUUCCUAACUAGCGAUGAAGAACUAGAUUCAGUCUUAUUUGGAACUUUGAGAGGUCAUGUAGUUGGACUACGCUAUUACACAGGAGUUGUUAAUAAUAAUGAAAUGGUUGCAUUACAACGAGAACCCAAUAACCCCUAUGAUAAGAAUGCGAUUAAAGUAAACAAUGUGAAUGGAAAUCAGGUUGGCCAUGUAAAGAAAGAUCUCGCAGCGGCUUUGGCCUAUAUUAUGGACAACAAAUUGGCACAAGUUGAAGGGGUAGUUCCUUUUGGUGCAAACAACACUUUUACCAUGCCUCUGCGUAUGACUCUUUGGGGAAAAGAAGAAAAUAGAAAAGCGGUUUUAGACCAGUUGAAGAAACAUGGAUUUAAAUUGGCUCCUGCACCAAAAACUUUCGGAUUCAGUUUGGAAAGUGGUUGGAGCUCUGGAAGAGCUGGACCAAGCUAUAGUAUGCCAGUUCAUGCAGCAGUACAGCUGACAACUGAACAGCUUAAAACAGAAUUUGACAAAUUAUUUGAAGAUUUAAAAGAAGAUGAUAAAACUCAUGAAAUGGAACCAGCUGAGGCUAUUGAAACACCAUUGCUUCCACAUCAAAAACAAGCUCUAGCUUGGAUGGUUUCUCGGGAAAACAGUAAAGAACUUCCACCAUUCUGGGAACAGCGAAAUGACUUAUACUACAACACAAUAACAAAUUUUUCUGAGAAGGAUCGACCAGAAAAUGUCCAUGGAGGAAUUUUGGCUGAUGACAUGGGUUUGGGCAAAACUCUUACAGCCAUUGCAGUAAUUCUUACCAACUUCCAUGAUGGCAAACCUCUUCCUGUUGAAAGAAUUAAAAAAAAUCAGCUGAAGAAGGAAUGUAAUGUUAGUGAUGAAUCUGUGAAACUUGGAGGAAACAAUACCAGUGGGAAUACAGAUGGACUAAUCACAGAAGGACCUAUGAGUAGUGGAGAACCCAGUAUUUCAGAUGUCAAGGGAAAGAAUAAAUAUCCUAAGUCAGAAUCAUCUAGCUCCCGUUCCAAGAGAAGAAAAACUGCUGUCCAGUAUAUUGAAAGCAGCGAUUCAGAAGAGAUUGAAACUAGUGAAUUGCCACAGAAAAUGAGAGGCAAACUGAAAAAUGCACAAUCAGAGACAAAAAGCAGAGUAAAAGCAGGAUCUUCUAAGAUUGAAGAAGAUGCAGAGUUUGCAUGUGCGCUUAUUUCAUCUACUUCUUCAACAAAAAAGAAAAUGUUGAAAAAAGGAGUAUUUGCAGUGGAGGGUUCCAAAAAAACUGAUGUAGAGAGACCAAGAACAACACUGAUCAUCUGUCCACUUUCUGUGUUAAGCAACUGGAUUGAUCAGUUUGGACAACAUAUAAAAUCAGAUGUGCACUUGAAUUUUUAUGUUUAUUAUGGUCCCGAUCGUAUUAGAGACCCAGCUUUGCUUUCCAAACAGGAUAUUGUUUUGACUACAUACAAUAUUUUAACUCAUGACUAUGGAAUGAAAGGUGAUAGUCCAUUACAUAGCAUAAGGUGGCUAAGAGUGAUCCUGGAUGAAGGACAUGCUAUACGGAAUCCAAAUGCUCAGCAGACUAAAGCUGUACUUUAUUUAGAAGCAGAAAGAAGAUGGGUAUUGACAGGUACUCCAAUUCAGAAUUCUUUAAAGGACUUGUGGUCUCUUCUUUCCUUUUUAAAACUGAAACCAUUUCUUGAUAGAGAGUGGUGGCAUAGAACAAUCCAGCGCCCUGUCACAAUGGGAGAUGAAGGAGGACUUAGGCGUUUACAAUCCCUAGUUAAAAAUAUUACACUUAGAAGAACAAAGACAAGCAAAAUUAAAGGAAAGCCUGUUUUGGAGUUACCAGAACGUAAAGUAUUUAUUCAGCACAUUACACUUUCAGAUGAAGAGAGAAAGAUUUAUCAGACUGUGAAAAAUGAAGGCAGAGAUACUAUUGGAAGGUAUUUUAAUGAAGGGACCGUCCUCGCACACUAUGCAGAUGUCCUGGGUCUUCUCCUCAGAUUGCGGCAGAUCUGUUGUCAUACUCACCUUCUUACAAAUGCAGUAUCUUCCAGUGUUCCCUCAGCGUUUUCUCUAGGAAAUGAUACACCUGAAGAACUACGAAAGAAGUUAAUACGGAAGAUGAAGUUAAUUCUGAGCUCAGGUUCCGAUGAAGAAUGUGCAAUUUGCUUGGAUUCUUUAACGGUUCCUGUCAUAACACAUUGUGCACAUGUCUUCUGUAAACCCUGUAUUUGCCAAGUCAUUCAGAAUGAGCAGCCACAUGCUAAAUGCCCUUUAUGCAGAAAUGAUAUACAUGGAGACAAUUUAUUAGAAUGUCCUCCAGAAGAAUUGGCAUGUGACACUGAGAAAAAGUCUAACAUGGAAUGGACAUCUAGUUCAAAGAUCAAUGCCCUAAUGCAUGCAUUGAUUGACUUAAGAAAGAAGAACCCCAACAUAAAAAGUUUAGUUGUUUCUCAGUUUACAACGUUUCUGUCUUUAAUAGAAACACCACUCAGAGCCUCUGGAUUUGUGUUUACUCGUUUGGAUGGUUCAAUGGCCCAAAAGAAAAGAGUUGAAUCGAUUCAGUGUUUUCAAAACACUGAAGCCGGAUCCCCAACUAUAAUGCUUCUAUCCUUAAAAGCAGGUGGAGUUGGUUUGAACCUUUCUGCAGCUUCUCGAGUGUUUUUAAUGGACCCAGCCUGGAAUCCAGCUGCUGAAGAUCAGUGCUUUGACAGGUGCCAUAGGCUUGGCCAGAAACAGGAAGUGAUCAUCACAAAAUUUAUUGUUAAGGACUCUGUUGAAGAAAAUAUGCUGAAAAUACAAAACACAAAGAGAGAGCUUGCAGCUGGAGCCUUUGGAACUAAAAAAACAAAUGCUGAUGAAAUGAAACAAGCUAAAAUUAAUGAAAUCAGAACUUUAAUUGAUUUAUAAUUUGUGUGAUUUUGGUAAGAUCUGUUUGAUCAUAUUAGAUACAGAAGUUUUUGAAAUGAUAAAAAUAGAGUUUUAGAAAGGAGAUUUAGUGAGUAUGUCUUCUAGAAGGGGCGUAUGUUUCAUAUCAGUGAAGAGGUAUUACUGAUACAUAAGCACUUCUAUAUAUGAACCUAUUUUUAAUGAUAUCUCAAAUAGCAAUAAGUUCUGUUAUAUACUGUGGCCUAAAAUAAUUUUUUUGAGAAAGAAGUUACUUUGUUAUUCAACUUUUCAUAGUAUCUUUGCUGAGUAUUUUCACAUAUCUUGCAAAUACUCAGCUUUUUCAUAUUUCAAAUAGGUCAAACCUUUUAUACUUUUGACCAAAUAAAGAGUUAUUUUCUAUGUUGGACACAUUUGCUUUUUCACCAAAACCUCCCAUUGAUGAUGCAGUGGAUUCAUCGGUCCUUGUAAAUGAUUCAUAUAUACACAAACUAUAUAUGAGAUUGAUUUUAUUGGGCUUUCAAACACAAUAUUUGCAUUCCAGAACCAAACCUUAAAAUGAGAGACCAAAGUCCAGGUUAGUAAGUUACUUGUAAUUUUUUUAACAGUACAUUGAGAUAUAAUUCAUAUAUGUGAUUUGCAGUUUUAUGUUCAUGGAAAAAAUAGGGACUGUGUUAGAACACUGUGUUCUCCAUUUAAACCAGGUGGUCUGUUCAUCAUUGUUUUAGUGUUACUUGAUGUGUUAGUGUGUAAAUACAGUCUGGGAGUGAAAGGGAACCAGUUCUAUCCAAUUUGAUUUGAAUAUUUAAAUUAUGGAAUUGCUGAAUAGAUAUUUCUAUAUAUAGAUAAUUUUUAUUUAUGUAGGUUUUUUGAAAUAACUUUAUACAUUUUUAUAAUUCAGAAGACUACUAUAUGUGAGAGGUGUAAUAUCUGGAUGGAAGCUGGGUUGGAUGACCUCCAAAUCAUUUUGACUCUUAAAGACAGCUUAAUCCUGAAUAGAAAAAUUUGUUAUUGUGUUUAGAAUCAGAAUUUGAUUUUGGACCUUCAGUAAUUCAUCCUUCCAUCUAUCUUUUUGUUACUUUUUUGAUAAUCAAACUCACAGUAGUUGCCACAAAAUUCUAGAUAAUUCUUUGAAUCACAUUCAAACAAAUGAGCUAUAAUUUAGCAAUCAGGUUAGGUAACCAAUGGUAUUUUUUCCUUAAGGGAAGUUUUUUCUUUUUUUUUAAAUCCAAAGAAAGAUUAGUUACUGUAACAGAAGAGGCUUUAUGUUUGAUGAUACAGACUUGAGACCAUCUUAUAUUUUACUUAUAGUGUUAGAAGUGACUUGACUGAAAAAUAGGAGAUUGGAGGCAACACCGUGUUCUAGAGUACACAUAUAAAGUAUGUGCUAAAUCUGUUAACAGCUAAGUCCUCCCCUUCCUGUGCCCUGUCUCUUGCUCCAAGGAAACAGUGGGUUAGAUAACGAGAAUUUUCCCAGUCCAUUUUCUCAUUGGCAGCAGGUGAAGCAGGGCUGAUGAAAAGGACCAGCAGACCUUUCUGCAGGGAUGAAAGUGGAUCACAACUUAGGGUUGGUCCACUAGCAUUAGGGAGCAAUAGGGAAGUUCCUUACCUUGUGGGACUAGCAUUACACAGAAAAUCAGGUAGAUCAGAAUCUUAUGAAAUGCAGUGUGUGGGUUCUCUAUAUACCUGUAAUACAGAGAGAGUAAGUAUAAAAGAAGUGUUUUCAGCAAAAACAACACAAUCUACUCUUCUUGCUUACAAAAGUAAAGCCUUGUAAACUCACUAUUAAGGUAAAAACUUUAUUGACUUGUUUACCCAGGCAUUUACAGGUUUGUGUUCUUAAGCACAUUCAUAAUAAUUUUGGCAAGUCAUUUAAAAAUAUCUCUUUUUGUAUAGUUCUAUUAACUUGUGUUAAGUAAAAAACAAGUUUAAGUUAUACCAAGAAAAAAUAUAAAUCACUGGAAUGACAAGUUCACAUUAUGCUAUGCUGUUAAUUCUGUUUCAUUAUGUAGAAUAAUAGCUUUAGAAAUAUCUUGAAGGCAUUGUAUUCCCACUUGUGAUUCAAACUGAAUUUUGUUUUAAAUUUAAAACAAUAAAAGUUUCAAAAAUCUA